AUGGCAUCACAGUUUGUCUUGUUAGGACUCUUGGCAAUGACUUGUUCAGCUGCUUUGGCAUCUGACCCCAGUCCUCUUCAGGAUUUCUGUGUUGCAGACUCCAAAAGCCCAGUGCUAGUAAAUGGGUUGCUGUGCAAAGAUCCCAAGAUGGUACAAGCAAACGAUUUCUCCUUUAAUGGGCUUCACCUAGCUGGCAACACGUCGAAUGCAGUUGGAUCACGUGUAACACCAGUAUUUGCAGCUCAAUUGCCCGGACUCAACAGUCUUGGCAUCGCUAUGGCCCGAAUUGAUUUUGCACCUUGGGGUAUCAACCCUCCACACAUACAUCCUCGGGCUAGUGAAAUUUUAACAGUCCUUGAAGGUAAUCUGCAAGUAGGGUUUGUUACUUCCAAUCCAGAAAACCGUCUUAUCACAAAAGUACUUCAGAAGGGCGAUGUAUUUGUUUUUCCUGUGGGUCUUGUCCACUUCCAGCGCAACAUUGGAUAUUCUAAUGCUAUUGCAAUUGCAGCUCUCAGUAGCCAAAAUCCUGGAGUGAUUACCAUUGCAAAUGCAGUAUUUGGAUCAAAUCCCGACAUUCCUAGCGAUCUUCUUGCAAAAGCAUUCCAAGUGGAUAAAAACGUUAUCUAUAAGAUCCAGUCGCAAUUCUAA